AGGACAGAGGGGUUUGAUAUUUAGCCCACCCGGUCCUGCUGGACCAGUGGAGACAGCCUCCUUGGCCUGGUUCAACAUGAUUUCUUUGUCCUGCUUGCUGGGGCCGCUAUGCGGUCUCCUCUUUCUCUCAGGCCUGUUGGAGGCCAAAUCUUUGCUCAGUGCCAUCAAACAGGAAGAAAUGGUGCCUUUGAGUGACGUGAGCAUCAACUCGGAGAAAGCCAACGAGUUCCUGUCUCACUCCAGACCGAAGCGCAACGCGGCGGAUCCCAGGUGGUACCGAGGAAACCCAGACUUUCAGGCCUAUUACAGAUACUACAGCAGCAUCGGGCACACCGAGGGGCUCUAUGAGAUCGACAAGUUGCGGAUGCUCUACCAGCAGAUGAGGUACCUGGAGCACGCCUACGGCCCAAACGCCUCCUACUUCCAAAGCAAACUGGGUGUGCCAAUGAUCAUGUGCGACCCCGUCACAGACAAGAGGUGCAAAUACGCCGCUCCUCCUCCACCACCUCCGAUGAAAGGAGUCCCAAAGCCCAUCAAUCCUACGGAGGCUCCACCUCCUCUUCCUCUCGCUCCAGCCAUUUCCCAGGCCGAUGUGCUUUUCCUGUGCAACAACAAGGACCCCCUCUGCAAGCCGCACAUCGUCUACUUGCCCACCGGCGCUGUUCCGGUGCUCUGCGACCCUCGGUACCACCCCCACUGUACCCCGCAGAAAGCCCCGCCGCCCCCGCUGGUGGUUCCUAAGCAGCCUUAUCAUAAGAAGAUGCCUCCGCCUCCUCCGGUUUUGGUCAAGUCUCCUCCUCCGGCCCCCAUCCGUGUCUUCAAAGGUAUGGAGUAUGACUGUGACCCCUACUGGGACCCGGAUUGCCUGAUUGACAACCCUCCAAGACCUGUCAAGGGGAAGAUUAUGGGCCCCCCACCCCCACCUCCUCCACCACCCGAGGAGGAAGAAGAGGAAGUAGAGGAGCCAGCGCCUCCGCCGCUCAAAGAGAAGAAACUCUCCUACAACCCUUAUCCCUACUUCCAACACCACCCUUAUGACCCCAGGAAUGAACUGUACGACCCGGUCCGCUUCCAGUACCCCCAGCCAGAAGAUGCUGCUGACGAGCCUGCUGACGAGUGAGCAGUCCUCUCAGUGCCUGAGAAAAAAGAGUCUCAUGUUUCCACGGACUUUGAAACAUUCAUCAAAGAAAUGUGUGAUAUGAUUAAAAAGACAUCUUAUUGUAUUUAUCAUGACUGUCACAAUGUUAAUUGUCAGUCAAUGUGGUUGUCAACCAGUGAUUUAGUAGAGGCAAUAAAAUCAGAUAAAUUUG